AUGAGUUCCCCUCUGGACAAAUGCUUCCUGGAAGCUAUGGAUGAGUUGGGCUUCACAGAAACGCCGAGCAAGUCUCCAUCUAAAGGAGAUGAUCCAGAUGCCUGCAAAUAUUAUGAUCAAAUCCAGUAUCCUGAAACGCCAGAAGAGUUGGUUUUGGAAGCUUGUAGCCCGGUUGUGAGGAGAGCAGCCAGAUUGGUUCUUUGCUUAUCUACCAAUCUGACGGGCAAGAAUAAAGAGCAAGAUACUUUGGAUGAUCCACCUCCGGAGGCACUGCAGAAUGAAGAUUCAUUUUUGGCACGCUCAAGUUCUGUUUUGACACCAGAUUCAUUUGAUGAUUCCGAGAUGAUUGUUCCUGAAUCUCCAUGUUCUGCCAAAGUCACAACAGUUCAAAUGGUUCCCCGUUCACCUUUCAGUCUAACAAGCAACAUUGACAUUGAGCUGGAGAGCUCUGAAGAAUCCCAACAGAGCCAAAAGGGGAUUGCUUCCAUUGUUGUUCCUUCUCCGGAUUCAUUCAAUCAGGUCAUUGAGACUCCAGAGUCUUCAGUUCCUGAAAUGACAGUCAUGCCAGACCUAAUGGAAGAUGUUUGCCUAUCUUUAAGUGGUGUUUUGGCAGAAGAUUCAUUUGAUUUGGGCCAAGACGUCAUAGCAUCAGAGGCGGCUUUCUCUGAAUCACAUGCCAGUGUGACGUCUUUGGAAUCGAAUGAAGAUGUGGCCGAUGUACUUCCUCCCGAAGAAACCUCUGCCAGUUUGACCCCAGAUCAAAUGUCUGAAGAUGAGCGUUUUCUGUACUUGAGUGUUGCUUUGCCGGAUGACUCGUUUGAUUCAGACAUGGAUAAGUGGACGCUAGAUGUAACCCUUUCAGAAAUGGAUCCUCACACUGCAUCAGAAUCCAUGAAUCAGGACUUGCUCCUGCCAAAAAGUGGCUCUUUUCCCCAGGACUCAACCGAUCAUAUGCUUGACUUGAAGGCAGAAGACAUUUUGUCUGAAAGCAGCAAGAAAGAAGAGAUGCCCAAUGAUGAGCUGGUAUCGGAGCAGGCGGCUGACUCUCCGGAUUUACUGAGUGAUGGAGGGACUAUUGACUCUGAAAUAUGCACUGCAAUCUCCAUGGGGGACGCAGGUGAGGAGGGCGAUUGUGUCACUGAGGUGUCUCUCUUAGACCUUUGCGCAGAGGAAAAGGGUGAAAGGGAAAAUGUGUUUGAUGAAAGCGGUGAUCACCUGAGGAGUGAAGAGGAAACGCUGGACAAGUGUGCUCCCAGUGUUGAGGUUCCUUGUGGGCAGCUGAUUGUGCUCGAUGACGUAGAGAUGGAGGCUGAGCCAGAGUCCUGCUCUUAUUCACCCAUGUCCCACUUUCCAGAUUAUCCAGAUAUGGCUGUGCUUACAGAACAUGUGAGCAGUCUGGUAGAAGAGGCUACCUCCACAGACUUGACCCCAGGAGAAGCGUCUGCAGAAAGUGAGAGCAGCGAUUUUCUGGAUGAGUGCCUGCUGACACAAAUGGAGGACUCCAGUGACGACACUCUGACAGAAGACUCCUAUGCUGAAGACGGUUUGGAGUCUCUGCUGUCUAAAGUGACUCCUCUCUCUCUUCUGGAGGAUGGCUGUGCGCAGGAGAAACUGGACAAAGAAUAA